CGUCCAGCUCGAACCCGUACCGCUGACAUCUUGCAUCCAUGAAUAUUGACCAACUUUUAGCUUGUUCACGCCUUAAAUCAUACGUCAUCGCGGAGCACUAUGUUCACAGCAGUCGGAUUAUUAAUAUGGCACUAGACCACUAGUAGUCAGAUGCAGGAUACGUUUUUUCGAAGCCAAAAAAUGGUCUUGAUUCUUUGAAGUGCUUAUGGGUAUUGCUUCCACGAUGCACCCAUAAAGACUAUGGCUGUAUGGCGUCGAUGCGUAAUGAAAUUAUAAACUGAGUCAUCCGUUCUAUUGCAAAUGCACGUCUGUCAGUUCUGUGUAUUUGUUUUCGAAUCCUUGAUCAUUACAAUUAUUGCGCGUUUUCAGUUUAAUCAUUUCUUUAUGCGAGUGUAAUUAAUGUUGGGUGUAUAAUAUUUAAUGUGGAGUGGGUUCGGACUCAAUAAUAGGUCCGGUUUUCGUCGUUUGGGAUAGUUUUGAAUUUUGAUUCAAUCCUGAGCUGAGUGCGCGCUCUAUUUUUUCCGCUUUCAAAAUGCAAAUUACGUGCAGGCUCCUCAACCAAGAAACCUUCACGGUAGAAGCCGAAGGGUCUUGUACGGUGGCAGAGAUCAAAGAGAAAAUCCAAGAGAAAAAAGGAAGUGAUUUUAAAGCUGAAUCCCUGAAGCUGAUUUCUGCAGGAAAAGUUUGGGAUAACAACAGCGCUACUCUGAGCGAUCUGAAUUACUCUCCAUCAGGAUUUGUUGUGGUUAUGAUAGCGAAGCCAAAGCCUCAGAAAGCGGCAGUUGAUGUGGAGAAGUCUGUACCUUCGCCCGCUGCAUCUGUACAGUCUGUGGAAUCGUCUGCAUCUGUCUCUGUGAUCGAAAAUCCAAUGGCCACCAACACACCGGAAUCGCGUCCACAUGCUCCUUCUCCGGCUUCUCAGCAACCGCGCCCCCGCCCCGAAGCGGCCUUUGGUUUAUCACCAGAACAAUACGAAGCCUUGGUCAAUCAAGUUCUGCAGAUGGGCUACCCACGCGCAGAGGUGGAGCGGGCUCUGCGGGCUGCCUUCUAUAAUCCCGAACGUGCGAUUGAGUAUCUGUUGACGGGAAUACCGGAAUCCGCCGGCGGUAGUAGCAGUAGUCGGGCGGUAAUGCGGGAAUCCGAAGACGAACCGGAAGACAACAGUGAAGACAGUCGUAACCGUUUGACUUUCUUUCGCAAUAGCCCACAAUUUCUGCAGAUGCGAGCGCUGUUGCAGCAGGAUCCGCAACUGUUGCCGCGGUUUUUGCAAGAUAUUGGCCAGUCGAAUCCUGCGUUAUUUCAGGCCAUACGGGAUAACCAGCAAGAGUUUCUCAGUAUGAUAAAUAGUCCACUUCCUGGAGAUGGCUCGUUGGCAGAAAAUAUAGGAGCAGCCAAUCCUAGCAGUGGUCGUGCAGGUGCCACCGCAGGUAGCACUGGCGCAGCGACUGCGGGUGUCGCAUCCGCUGUCCGCGUGAAUCAAGAAGAAAGAGAGGCGAUCGAAAGGUUGAAACAGUUGGGAUUUCCGGAAGCAAUGGUUGUAGAGGCAUACUUUGCCUGUGAUAAAAACGAGCAACAUGCUGCUAACUUCUUGUUCGCCCAGAUGGAAGAAUUUGAGCAGAGUGGUUCUGGCGCGGGAACAAAUUGAUCAUGAAAGACUCAGCCUUAGAAUUUAAAAAGAUUUGUAUUUUUUGGAUCUUUAUGUUACUUUACUGUUGUUUAAGACGUUGCCGACAUUUUGUAUGGGUUUUUGUACAAAUUAGUUUAUUCUUGUUUUUUUCUUCAGUUUAAUUGGCGACUUGACGCGUGCCUUUGGUUUGUGUGGAGCGAGUUGAUUUGAUCUGUGUGCGCACCAAAUAAAUUACUAUACUACUCUGUAACCGUUGCUCUAUGAGUUAU